CCGCGAGGGGGCGGGGUUUAAUGCCGCGCCACGUUGUAGCCGCCGCUGACAGCUGGUCAUACUGUAGCGACGGAGAAUGUCUGGUCGAGGUAAGACCGGCGGCAAGGCACGGGCUAGAGCCAAGUCCCGAUCUUCUCGGGCCGGCUUGCAGUUCCCAGUAGGCCGCGUCCACCGCCUCUUACGGAAAGGCAACUACGCCGAGCGAGUGGGAGCUGGGGCGCCCGUCUACUUGGCGGCCGUGCUCGAGUACCUGUCGGCUGAGAUUCUGGAGCUGGCUGGUAAUGCUGCUCGGGACAAUAAGAAGACCAGGAUCAUCCCCCGUCACCUCCAGCUGGCCAUCAGGAAUGACGAGGAGCUCAAUAAGCUGCUUGGGGGGGUGACCAUCGCGCAGGGAGGCGUGCUCCCCAACAUCCAGGCCGUGCUGCUCCCCAAGAAAACGCAGGUCUCUAAAAAAUGAGACAUUGCGAACCGGAUUGUCUUGCGAAUGACUUUUGAGCCACUGAAAUUCUUGGGGGAUAAGGAGGAACGUGUGUUUAGUCCCACUGAUAGGUCACGGAUACAAGUAUCGAAAGGAAAAUGAUACACGACUUUUGGCCAGAAAGUUCGUUUUUGGUAGCGACGUGACGAAGUCGCUGUAUAUUGUGUGUGGGUGCAUUAUUUAUCCUUGGUGUUUGGGUUCCAAGUCGCAGAAAGUGCCUCAGACACAUAAUUUUGCGAAGGUUAAUUAUUCAUGGCCCUAUUCUUCAUUUUUCUCUCAGGAGAAACUGCCGUGACCCCGAGGGUAGCGGGAAGACACGGUGUGUGAAAGUUCAACUUGUCUGUUUUUCCGAAUUUAAAUGUAAUGUUUCAUUUGAUUUGUUACCCCUGUUUUAGUUAUUGAGGAUUAUGAGAUGUAACUCUAGAUGUAGCACUUUAAAGACAUUGGGCACUUUUUAUUUAUUGUGAAGGAAUAAUUACAAUAAAUUUAUUGAAAGUUUGA